AUGCCAAAGGAAACUGGGUUUUACGACGUUUUAGGCGUCUCAACCGACGCGACGCUUGAACAAAUUAAGAAGGCGUAUAAGAAGAUGGCCAUCAAGUACCAUCCAGAUAAAAAUCCAGGCGAUACAGUUGCCGAGGAAAAUUUCAAAGAAGUUGCGGAGGCUUAUGCGGUUCUCAGCGACUCUGACAAACGUGAGGUGUAUGAUAAGUACGGCAAGAAAGGGUUAGAGGAAGGUGGAAUGGGUGGUUUCGACAUGAACGACAUCUUUGCCCAAUUUUUCCCUGGUAUGGCAGGUAUGGGUGGUUUUGAACAACGUUCAAGAGGUCCGCGCAAAGGCCAGACUGUCCAGAGCCCGCUCAAAUGCUCUCUAGAGGAUUUGUACAAUGGAAAGACCUUCAAGAGAAAAAUCAAACACGACGUUUUGUGUUCAAAGUGUAAGGGAAAGGGCACCAAGAGUGGAAAGGAUGUGAAGAAGUGCCAGAGAUGUGAUGGCAGAGGAAGUAUUUAUGUAAUGAUCAGACAAGGGAUGUUUGCUAUGCAAAGUGAGAAGGAAUGCCCAGAUUGUAGAGGACGUGGUGAACACGUUGACGAAAAGGAUCGAUGCCCGGUUUGCCGUGGAGCGAAAGUUGUCAACGAAGAGAAGAUAUUAGAAGUAAUUGUACAACCUGGGAUUAGAGAGCGAGAAGCAAUAUCGUUCUCAGGUGAGUCUGAUCAAGCUCCAGGUAUCAUUCCUGGUGACAUCGUUUUUGUUGUUUUGACGAAUCCGCAUAACGUUUAUACACGAAAAGGGAACAACUUGUUGGUUGAAAAGUCUGUUGGACUUAAUGAGGCGUUGACUGGUUUCUCCUUUACUUUGAAACAGUUGGACGGUAGAGAGUUAUUCAUUGAGUCCAAGGACAUUAUUGAUCCCGAGUCAUUCAUGAGAGUCCCAGGGGAAGGUUUCCCAAUCAAGCACCAAUCUUCUCAUGGCGAUUUGUAUAUCUACUUUACAGUCAAGAUGCCCAGACUGCAAGAAAUUUCAAUGCACAUCGACAAGUUGAAAGAGUUGUUACCAAAGACCCAA